AUGAAGUCAAUGGAUAACCGUGUCAGCCUACAUGGUAACCUCUGCUGUUCUUGUUUGGAAUCAUUCAAUAUAUGCGAACAUUUUUCUCUUUUCUCGAUCCCUUUCGUUUUUUUUUCUUUGACAAGAUAUUUUAAAAGAAUUGAACUGACACGCUCGCUCGUGAAUAUUUACUCUCUUUUCCAGUUGGUUUCCGUUAAAUUAUGUCUCUCUCUUUUUCUCUCUCUCUCUUUCUCUCUCUCUCUUUCUCUCUCUCUCUUUCUCUCUCUUUGUUACUCUCUUUUCCAGUUUGUUUCAGUUAAAUUAUGUCUCUUUCUCUUUCUCUCGCUUUUAGUUACUCUCUUUUCCAGCAUUUCUAGUUUUUGCACGUUCAUAUUUUAUUCCUCCGAUCUAUCCCAUUUGUUUCAUUCAAUAAUAUUUUUUUCUUUCGUUCGUUCUUUCUUUCCUACUUUCUUACGAUGGUUUACUUGGAAAUUAUUACGUUCUCUUUACUUCCUUUCACUUUUCUAUUUUCUUUCUUUCUUUAGUUCUUCCUUUCUUUAUUCCUUUCUUUCUUUCUUUCUUUCUUUCUUUCUUUCUUUCUUUCUUUCUUUCUUUCUUUCUUUCUUUUGA